AAGGUCUCACCUAGGCCGUGGUCUUGGAGUACCCCGACUACCCCGUCCAUUUACAAGUAAGAAGGCUUGGAACACGGACCUGAAGGCAAAGCCUUGGGCGGAAGAUGGGGAUCUUUUUCAGCAAGGUCUGGGCCAGGUUGGCCUCUGGCAAAGAGAAGCGACUUCUGAUGGUUGGCCUCGAUGCCGCUGGUAAGACCACCAUCUUGUACCGCUUAAGGUUGGCAGAGGCGGCCACCACUGUCCCAACCAUUGGCUUCAACAUGGAGACCGUGGAGUACAGGAACAUCAAGUUUGAUAUUUGGGAUGUCGGUGGACAAGACCAGAUCCGGAAGCUUUGGCGACACUAUUUCAAGGGCACUGAUGGUCUGAUUUACGUGGUCGACAGCGCUGAUCGAGAACGUAUCAAUGAUGCUAAGGAAGAGCUGGAGAAGAUGCUGAAGGAAGUGCAGCUACAAGAUGCAACUCUCUUGGUGCUCGCAAACAAACAAGACUUAAAGGAUGCAAUGCCCGCAGCUGAGAUCAUGCAGAAGCUUGACUUGCCCAGACUCGGAAUGAAUCGGACAUGGUUCAUUCAGUCCACAGUGGCCCCAACAGGAGAUGGCCUCUACGAGGGUUUGGAUUGGCUUUCUCGAAACAUCUGAGGGAGCAGCCUUGCUGGGCCUUUGCAGCCUUGCGUUCUGCGAGGAGGGCCUGUUCAACGCCUCAAGACGCUCUUCCGUCGGCGUCCGUGUUCCGCCUGUACAGAUGGGACACCGAAGUCCGAGCUUGGCCUCCACCCUACUAGCGAUGGCUUCCAACAAUAGCAAAAGGAACUCAAUAGAGAUGGCCUCCAACCUAAGUCCUGAAUGUACAGAUGGGACACCUUCGAAGUCCACAGGCAGGCGGCUGGGACGUUUCGAGAUCUUAUGCCGCGACUGAGUGACACAAAAUGGCCAGGCUUGUGGCUUGAGCUUGUUUGCAAUGCGUUCCUGGUCUUUGAUUCUUUUUUCCGGGUCAG